UGGUUAUCGACAUCAAGGCGACGACACCGAUUCUUCCGAAAGAUCUCCCGUAGCCGACUAACAUUCUUGGGAUCUAAGUCUCGGGGCAAUGGAGGGUCGAACUGAAUCUGAUUUAACUUGACCUUGGCGGUUCCCAGGUACUUGAGCCGCCGCUCUCUAGCUAGGCGGACCUCCUCCUCGGUGAAUAGAGCCCGAUACAUCGCAAGUUGAUAGGAUAAGAUUGCAUGGAGAAGAUGUUAACAGUCAUGCAGUCCAGAGACGCUAGACCAAUUACUCAAAUUCUGCCAUAUGGCGUCAAUCUUCCGGAUGCCUUUCCGGCUGGAACGGAACAAGCGACACGUAUCCCAUCUAAGCCCAGUGACAAGCACCUUGAAAAUCCGUCAUCAAAGGGGCGAUUCUUUGAGCAAAGGACUGCAGCUCCUCUGCUCCCAGUACCUGGCCGUAAAAUUAUUCACGGCCAACCACGGGCUUUAGCUCUUCCUAGUAUCACUGAAUCAGAAGAUGAUGCCCUUUCGGAUCCAAUUUUACGAGAGCAGUCACCCUGGGAUAAUUUCAAGCGAUACUAUGAGUGUGAUCUGGCUGGCGCUGUCAUAGUCUCUGUCCGGCACUCUGGUCAUCGCGAAGCCUUGGCAGUUCGCCAGUAUCGGGGAGAAGAGGCUAGCAAGAUUCUACAGGUUGUUCGCCGCAUUCAGCACGACAAUAUCGCGUCAGUGCAAGAAUUCUAUAAGACCACAAAUGCCCUUUAUACUGUGGGCUCAUUCCAUCCGCUGACUCUAGACCAUGUGGUCGCUUGCAAAGCAUUUCCUGACCAAAAGCAGCUUGCUGCCAUUAUGUCUCAGUUUCUGGAGGGAUACUCAUAUCUAGUCACUCAUGGAUUCCAAAAUCCCUCGCUUGACUGCUCUGGUAUCUUGAUGAGCAUGGCAGGAGACGUUCAAGUCGCACGUCUUGAUUGUUGUCGAGUUCGACCUCCGGGUAAGGUGGAAGCGAUUGAUCUGGCACCUAUUGCAAGGGUCAUGAUGGAAUUGAUGCAAAAAUAUGCUAAAGAUGAUGGAAAUAUUGGCAUUGAAAAUCUUGAUCGCUGGCCAAGUGAUUGCCCGGCAGUUGUGUUUCUCUCCGCAACGACCUCGGUUGGCUCGUUCGAAGAAUUAAAAAAGGUUUUUGCUCCCAUCUUUAGUAUCAAACCCUACUUACAUGCUUGCAGCAACCGCUUAUGA